AUGUUUCCAGCGCUGGUUGUGUUUAUCAGCUGCCAGAAUUCACACCCAUUUCAGGAGCGCCACGUGUGCCUCGGGGCACCCGUUAAGAUCGGGCGCACCGUGGCGCGAUCACGACCGGCCGAAAACAACGCCAUCUUUGACUGCAAGGUGCUGUCACGGACCCACGCUCUCCUCUGGUUCGACCGCAAGUCCGCCGCGUUCUAUCUGCAGGACUCUGGCAGCAGCAACGGCACGUUCAUCAACCACAGGAGGCUAAGCCCCCCCGGGGAGCAGAGCCCCCCCUCACAGAUUUACACCGGUGACAUCAUCCAGUUUGGGGUGGACGUGACUGAGAGCAGCCCUAAUGUCUCUCAUGGAUGCGUGGUGUCCACGGUCUGCCUGUUUCCGCCUGGCAGUGUGGAGACCUCCCUUCCCUCUGUGGAAGAGCCUCCUCCUCCUCAUUCCAGUCUGGUGACAUCACUGCUUCACCUGGAGAAGGAUAUAGGCCUAGCAGAUGAAGAGCAGCUUUUUUCCAGGAUUGAGAUCAUGGAGGACAUGCUCCAGACUUUAUCUGGGUGGUGCGGCCUCCACCUGCGGCAGCUGAGAGCAUGCGCUGGGCAGGAGCUCAACAUGGCUGUCGACCUCGUCAGGGACCUGACCCUAAAGGUGGCCGAGAGGCAGCGGGAGGAGAGGAUGCAGAAGCAGGUGCAGCUCCUCCUCCAGAGUCUGAAGGCGCAAAAGCAGGAGCCGAAGACGAACAGUGACUCAAAGCAGCAUCUCACAUCUCUGCAGGAGUCUGAGAUGGAUGGUGCCGACGGGACAGUGCCAGGCACACUGCGCAGGGGAACGGACUGCUCCAACCACUCCACGGGUAACGCUGCAACUUCUGCUCCUCACCGCCUUUUAAUCCCAGUCAGAAUGGAGGAGAAGAAAGAGAUGGAAGCCAUGAACAACCUCACGGAGGAUUGUAGGAGUGGAGAGCUUCAGUCCAGAGAGGCGGGGCUUAAAUCCAGAGAGGCAGAGCUUCAGUCCAGAGAGGCGGGGCUUCAGUCCAGAGAGGCGGAGCUUCGGUCCAGAGAGGCGGAGCUACGUGAGGCCCAGGACCAAGCUGGCCGCAGAUGUGUGGAGCUCCAGGACGUGCUGGAGAAGGAGAGGAGAGAAACCCAGCUCCACUCCCAGGAAUCAGCCAAUCACAUCCAGGCUCUGCAGGCCCAGGUGCAGAAGCUGCAGGGGCAGGUGAAGAUGUUGAGCGCAGAGCGGGACGGCAUCGUCUCCGCUGCCCAGGACGAGGCGCGGAAGCUGCGCGGUGCGCUGGAGGCCGGGGUGAGCGAGCGCGAGAGAGAGAGGGCCGCCCUGCAGGAGAGUCUGGGCGCAGUUACCGCCGAGCUGGACAGGUGGCGCCGGAGAGCAGCCGAGGGCGAGCAGGAGGCCGGCAGCUUGAGGGACCGUCUGCAGACAGUGAUCCAGAAAUCUGCGCAGGCUGCGCAGGUGCAAGGUGAGCUGCAGAAGAACUGCACCGUCCUGCAGACAGAGUGUGCAACCCUGCGCUCGGAGAAGACUGCACUGCAGGAAAAUAUGCAACAUCUGGAGAAAGAGCUGUACAGCUCUCGGGACCAGGCUGCCCUUCUGGGCCGCAAUGUCAGUGUCCUGGAGCGCACACAGGGGGCGCUGGAGAGCAGGCUGGCUGAGCAGCAGGAGCAGCACCAGCAGGACUCCGCCCGACUCAAGACCCAGUCAGACCAGGCAGCCAACAGGAUCAAAGGGCUUCAGAGAGAGUAUGAGGACACUCAGGUGGAGCUGGUGCAGGUGAAGCAGAGGUGCUCUGAGGUGGAGCAGGAGAAGCUGUCCCUGUCAGAGGAGCUGCAGCAGUGCAAGGACAACCUGAGACUCCUACAGGAGAGAACCAGCCGAUAUGAGGACACUCAGGUGGAGCUGGUGCAGGUGAAGCAGAGGUGCUCUGAGGUGGAGCAGGAGAAGCUGUCCCUGUCAGAGGAGCUGCAGCAGUGCAAGGACAACCUGAGACUCCUACAGGAGAGAACCAGCCGACCCUCCCUGCAGUCAGUCCUCCCGGUUCUGGUGGGUUUGGUCCUGGCUGCGCUGUUCUGGGGUUACAGCUCCCUGUGGUAGACCCAGGGCUCGUGGCUGUCCUGGGUCUCUGCUGUUGCCGUGAUGGUUGCCGGGGGCCUGCUCUACACCACCCUGCCAGAAAACUCCUCUUGAUCCCUGGAGCCCCGCCUACUGAGAGAGCCUCGCUGUCAGUCAGAGUUUUACUGCCAGUGCAUAGAGAGAGAUUCAACUAGUGAUGCACGAUACAUAAAAUACUUCAUCUCCAA